AUGCUGCGUCGCCGCCACUGCUACGAGAGGCUGAAGGCCCAGGGGCGCCCAGCGAGAUGCCCUAUAGAGCAGAGAACUGAUGCUGCUGUUGAGGGAUUCCUCGCUGCUUACUGCCCCGUUUGCUUGACUGUGGAUAACGCGCUGCGAGACUGCAGCGAGUCGCCGGAGUUUUUGGUGGAGGCCAAGGGGGCCCGUUUCUCCUGCUGCACAGCAGAGCACCUCAAUCUGCUGCUGGCUCAACCCAAACCCUAUUUCCAGCAGCAGCUGCCGGAGCUGCUGCCCCGGCGGCUCAGCGAGGACCUCCUUGACGAGACAGCAGUGCUCGCGCUCAAUGGGUACUGCCCCGUCACCUUAGAGAGAGAGCUCAGCUCCCCGCGAGGCUUACAGGCAGCCAGAGGCUGGGGCAGCCCCCCAGGACCCUGGCUGGGAUCGCCCAGGCUGCGCGGGAUCGACGAUCCACGCAGCAGCACACCACUGGUUCCCCUGCAGCAGCAGCAGCAGCAGCAGAUGCUGCUGCUGCUGCUGCUCCAGCUGAAGAGGGAUUAG